AUGUCGAAGAAGGCGCAAGCUGGAAAGACCGCUGGGUUGGUAGCCAAGAUCCCGGAAUUUCAAGAUCGGGCCGUGAUAUCAACGACACGAAUAGCCACACUAUGGUCCAACUACGGUUCGAUCGAGAGGGUAGCCCUUCGGUCUCCGGGAUUCGGGAGUGGUAGUCCUUCAAAUCUUGCAGAUGCAGAUCGAUAUGUUAUUGUCAAAACUGUCUCUCCACCAUGGACGGACCCGAAUAAGGCCGACGAAGGUCAUCUACGCAAGCUGCUCUCUUAUGAAGUUGAACGGUGGUUUUACUACAACCUCGCCGACAGACUGCCCGCUCAGGCCAAAGUGGCAACUCCAUACUUGGCACCGGAAGAAAAUGGGGAUGCAUCGAUCCGUCUCUUGAUGGAAGACUUGUCGGUCGACUGUCCAGUCCCAGCUCGUGGUAGCCUGGGACUCGACGACACCAAAGCAGUUCUAUCCUGGCUAGCUAACUUUCAUGGUACAUUCUGGGGAGUUCAUCAUGAGGAUCCUGUUGGCUCUGGCCUGAUCCCUCCACCGCUAGAGUACCACGGCGGUAGCAAACAGGGCGUAUGGCAGCAAGGAACGUACUGGUAUUUAGACACAAGACGCACCGAAUUUUCUGAUAUCGACGCCGAUGAAAAAUGGUUACUUGAAUGGGCAGAGAAGGUCGAUGCGAAGAUCAAGGAUGAGGCCAAAACUUAUGGGACACUCUUGCACGGUGAUGCCAAAGGGGCGAACAUCUUCUUCGCCCCCAAAGGCCAAACGCACAAGGAUGGCCCCCGAAAAUGUGCGCUGUACGAUUUCCAAUACGUAGGCGUCGGAUUGGUGACGCGCGACUUGGUCUAUUUCUUGGGUACAUCUGUUCUAGGAAACUUGAUGAGACGCCUGGAAGAUGAGAAGAACUUGUUGAAGCCGUACCACUCCGAACUCACCAAGGUGUUGAAUAGUCGGAAGGAGACUUCACAUGAAGUUGCUACUUACCUGAGAGAUCAUGGAGAGUACGACUUUGACAAAUUCUGGCAGCACUGGGAACUUGCUCUGGUCGAUUGGUAUCGUUUCAUGGCCGGUUGGGGGUUCUGGGGUAAUGAUCAGUGGAUUGAGCGCCGGGCGCGAGAUAUCACGGCGCAUUGGAGAGACCAAGGUUUUGCGUCUUGA